AAGACCCUGGUACCUGAUCUCUAACCCAGAAAUAUGUAUCUUUGAGGCACAAAUCUCAACCCAAGGAGAGGGAAGAUUGGCAAGUCCUCUUAGGGUGCCUUUCCCUAAAGUUUCAGUUUUAAGUCCCUCAGACUCGUACUUUUCCUGUCUUCCUUUCUAUUCUCUUAGUUCUCUGACUUUGUCUCAGAGCUCUCUGAUGCCUCAAGACUUUUCCCCGCUGUUAGCCCUCUUGCUCAGGCGCUUUCAUUCCUUUUCCAGAAGGCAGAUAUCCUACCUCCAGUUGCUCCAUCCUUUCCCCUUCCUUGUUUUCCUCCAUCUAGCCAAACUGGUUUGAGUCAGCCACACCCCUUCCGAGCUCCUGGGGCUCUUCAGGUGGUGGCUGACCACCCAACCCCACCCCUGGGCUUGGCCUGGAGCCCUGACUCAGCUCCAUCUCCACCCAAGCCAAAGCAAACCUGAGGCAGGAGCGAAAACUGAGUCCUUCAAGGCCUAUAGCCAGGUGAUGGAGGACGAGGAGAAGGCAGUGGACAUCUUGGUGAGCACCACGGAAGCUGCUCAUUCUCCAUCCCCUAUCCGCUGCUGCUGGCUCCGCCUCCGCUACUUGGCAGCUACUAGCAUUAUCUGUGGCUGCUCUUGCUUGGGAGUCGUGGCCCUUGUGUUUGCCAUCAAGGCUGAAGAGCGGCAUAAGGCAGGCCGGUCCGAGGAAGCAGUGCACUGGGGGGCCCGGGCCCAGAGGUUCAUCCUGGCCAGCUUUGCUGUCUGGCUUGCUGUCCUCGUUCUGGGCCCCCUGCUUCUGUGGCUGCUCUCCUACACCAUCGCCCAGGCUGAGUGACCCUGGGUGGCCUCUGCUGAGAGUCAGCCGAGACCUCCUGGAUCCUGCAAUGCGGUAUUGCUAGGGUCCGGUACCAGCACUGGUCCUUCUGGCUGGAAGGAUGGUGCCCCUCUCAAAGGGCUUUGGAGGAGCUCUUCUAGCCCUUUCUAAAAGGAGGCAGCAGCUGAGACUGAUGAGGGGAGGUCAGCCUGCUCUGUUCUUUCAGUGCCCACCAUCCCCUAUUCCCUGCAACCUACCCUGUCCAAGGGGCCUCUACCCA